AUGCCAUUGCUGCAGAUGCGGAGGGAGAAGGUGCUGCCCUGUGCCAUCACACACAGAGCAACAGGCCUGGCCCUGCAGUGCAUGCAGGGAGUCUGCACAGGCUUUGCACACAGCCUGGCCGAGGAUGCCAGGCAGCAACCACUGGGCACGGCCAAACCCAGCUUCCACCUCAUGGAGCGGCUGAGGUCCAGCCUGGACCGGAUCCUCCCAGCCCAUGCUCACGUCCUGGUGCAUGGCCGGCUCUAUGUGUCCUUGACUGCAGUGAAUACAUUCCAGAACCGCCUUGUGUUCCAGUUCCCGACCCGUGAGGACCUCGUACAGGUCCUUCUCUCCAUCUGCUUCGUCCCCAUAUACUCAGGGCUGAAUCUGGUAGAGUUCCAGGGUCAGGUGGGCGGGGCAGUAAGGGGCGGGGUGGGUGGAUCGCGCAGCCUCCUCCUGCCCCCUGGUGGUCGCACCCUCACCAUAUCCCCAUUCUGUGGACGCCAUGGCAUCUCGCCCCGUGACCCUGGCCAAGGUCUUGGCUCGUGCAUGCACGUGACUGGACAGGACGUGGAGAUCUCCACCGCCAAUGUUGCCCGCCUGGCCCGAGCACUUUUCCCGCCAUCCCGUGGAAGCCUGGAGUCGCUGCACCAUGAUGGAUUCUGUGACGCCGUGAGCUUCCUGCGCUGCGUGGGCCGCUUCUGGUGA